AUGGGGGAUACACGUGGCGAUUCCACAGGGGAGACGGAAGGGUUGCAGCCACAGGGGUUCAUGGAGACGAGCGACCCGUCCGAUCCUGCGACGCAUGCGCCACAGGACACCGCGGUGAGUGGGGAGACGCAUGCAUCUCCCGGGGAAACGAUCACCCGCGACGCGGUGGCUGCAGUGCCCGGUGAGGAGGAGGCUGCAGCAGCGGCCUUUUCGUAUAAUUCCGGCGGCGAUGUGCAAGAGCAAUCCACGGCUGCUGACAUGGCCGCUGGCGAGGGCAUCCUUGUCCCGAAAAACCAUGAACAGUCCCUUUCUACCAACGUGGUUACCUUCGGGAUAGUGGAGAAGGUACUUGAGGAUGAGCGGGAUUGCUUGCGAGAGAUGCAUGGAAUUCUGGAGGUUGCGUGCGACGCGGAGCGGAAGAGGUACGCGAUUGAGGGCAGUUUGAGCGCCGAUACGAUCGAUACGGACAGCAUACAGCCGUAUAAUUUAUGCGAAGGUAGUGCUGAGGAAGAGGCCACGGCGUAUGACAUUUCAGACGAGGGGCUCGAAAGACCUGCUGCCGUCGGGGAUAAAGGCACACCAAUCAUCACAAAAAAGUGUGGUUCCACAGAAACGGAGGAUGAUGGCGGCGGUAAGGCUUCUCGGGUACUGUCUAAAAUAGAAGAAGACCUCCGGCGAUCGCGUCUUCCUUUGCCACCGGGCAAAGAUGGCCGUUUGCACAUGCAAUUUAUGCCACUUACGGAUGCCGUCGUUCGUUCGGCCUGGGGAUCAUUGCAGUCAAACUGGGCUGCAGAGUUGGAGGCGGAGAUGCUUCCGGAAGAGUGUCGAUCGACGAGGAAAUUGCGGGAAGUCCUCACCGCCGCCGCCGCCGCUCGCCCACAGCCCCGUUUCCCGCCACGCAAUGGGCCGGAGUCCCUACCACCUUGUGGUCAUUCGCCGCACUCGAUGGACGUGGAGAAGGCGAAUUGCCCGGUUGCCUGCCAUGCUGUGCAGUCACCAGAAACAGCAUUUCCACCAGGCCUGCAGCGUGCCGUGGGGUGCGACGGCUCCAAUCCGUUGCAGGAGACAUGUGAGCGGCUCACACCUGGUGGGGUUUACACCCCAGUGAGAAACGAAGGAGCGGAGGCUGUAGAAUUGCCGCCCAUAAUUUCCUCCGUCUACACAACACGCCCCGUUUUUGUCCCGCAGCAGGAAGGUGAUGGCGCCUAUUCCUCCGCCACACAUAACAAGCCGCUACAUCCAUCAUCCGGCAUUGACUCUGCGUCAAGUGCGGGGAUAGCCGCGCUGCCAGUUAUAUUCGGCGCAGACGGUCGCCCCAUUGGCGCAAAAGAGAAUGGGAAGCCGAGUGCCAAACCAGCGAACUACCCAUGUGCAAUGGCAUCCACCGCACAAAUGGCUGCACCACUGCCCAAUACGAAGAAUCACUUGGGGGCAGUACAGCCCAAGACGGGCAAACAGCCUACCUCAAUUGUGGCCGUAAAUCACUCGUCCGACGAAGCGGCUGAGCACCUACUCACUGUCACGGAUAACACGAGGAAUUCCAUUGGGUCGACAGAAGGGACCAUCGCUUCAAGUGCAGUUUCCACUCAAAGUGUUUCCGCUCUUGGCAAAAACGCGGGCCAGGGACGAAUAAAGCAAACGAGUCCACGGCCAAACAGACCUCCCUCUUUGGUCGUUGAUUGCGUACGCAGGCUUUCGUGUUCAUUACCCAUUUAUGCGACGGCAGAGAAGGGCUUGGAGGAGAAGCUGGGUGUAAUGGAGCGCGUCCAGGACAUCAUUGAGGAGUUCUAUGAGGAGUAUACCCGCAGCUUGGAGAAUUCGACUGAACCGUCGUUAUAG